CACUGUGUUUGUCUUGCUGGCUGGCAAGCGUGUCUGAUACACUUCGGUGAACCACAUUCUCUAAUACCCAGGCUCUGACCUGAGUAUUAUCUAAUUACCUGACGAUCUGUCUCUGAGCAUUUUUUUAGAUACAGAUCUCUCUUUUUUCCAGUUGAUAAGGACAAAUGUGUAAUCAAAGACUGUCCGUGAUUUUUCCCUUGCUGUUUAUCUGCUUCUUCAGGGAAAGCUUCUGCAUCUGUGAUGGAACCACUUGGACAAAAGUUGGCUGGGAGAUUUUUCCAGAAGAAGUAUAUUAUCUGAAAGUUAGUCCUUCUCCAUCUCACUGUCUGCCUUACCCUCUCAACAAACUAUGCUGCAAUUUUGCUAAUAUGGAUAUUUUACAGAGCUGUUUACACGUGACUUCUAUUUUAGUGCAAACUCUCGUUCUAAUCCUGUCGGUUUUAUCUACGCACUACCUGUGGGUGAAAUGGAAGAAACACAAAAAGAAGAUGAAAGAACAAGCUUGCCUGGAUAAAGCUGGCAAGGAGCUGCACAACCCGUCCGUUUAUGACAUUGACCAACUGCUCUGCAAGCUGGUGGCGACCACAUCGAUGAUGACCAAGUACCUGAACCAAGUGUCCCAGCGUUCCUCCUCCAAGAAAACCAAGCACCGCAAAUCCAAGAAAAAGAAGUUUGAAGGCGCAAUGGGCUACUAAGCCCACGGCCGACCCUGCGCGCCACACGCCGACAGUCAGGAGAGACCUUCCAGAGUUCUUGGGGGAACUGGUCGUGUUUUAUUCCACACUCUACUGACAUUUUCCAAAGAAGACUGGAUUGAAAUGCUAUUUCCAAUCAACUAUAAGAGAUUCCAUAGUUAACUAAAAUCCUGGGGGAAACGAUUGUGUAUUCUCACUGCUGCA